AUGGCUGUAUGUGCGCGAUGCGUUUGCGAUGAACGCGCAGCCGUAAGACGCUCGUCAGUGGCAUUGUUACACCGGUUGUUGCUAUGCUCCACCGGUGAUGACGCAGAUUUAUCAACUUCACCGUCGCCCAACGAUCUAGGAAUUCUAGUGGGGCUAUGCCGUGAUGCCAGUAUCCUUGUCCGCUCGGCUGCUAUUGGUGCAUUAGGAGAAAUUCUGAUGUCCUUACCGUGUGAUGCAGUCUUCGACGCUUUCCUAUCUGGGCCUAUGCAUCAACUUUCCGAUCCAGAAAACAAGGUACAAGAACAAGUAGUGUCACUGAUUCAACAAGUCCUAGUGGAUCGUUUACGCCAACAUGAUACGGUUGCACCAGAGGACACGUUGCCGUGGAAGUUUCUUGCGGCCAUAACACGUCACAAUAUGCGCCGCCAUCUGCAAAAAGCAUGCACUCUGCUCAACAAGAACGGCAACUGCAUCAAUCAUCGUUUAGUGGAUAUAAUAAGCACACACCUUAACGCUGUGAGCGACGAACGCGAUUUGCAGUGUUUGGUGAUGUUGACGAGCGUCGCUAAACACCUGGAAUACUCAGACGUGAGCUUUGUGCUCGAUUACUACUACAGGCUCACAGAAAGCUCGCAGGUAUGUUGA